CUAACAGAACUUCACCAGAGCCCAACCCCAAGAAGAAGCAAAAAGCCACAAAACGAAAAAUAAAUAUAGUUUAUAAGGAUAAUUAAUAAUUUCUUCUUACUCUUCUAAAAAUUAACAUUAGAUUUACUGAAUUAACGCGUAAUUGGACUAGACCGGUUCUUUCAAUUGAUUGACAUUUCAAGCCCAAAAUGCAAACUGAGCAACUUGCAGGAUGUGCAGUGCUAAUAACUGUUGCCGUUUUUACGAUUCGAUGGAUUUUUUCUGCAGACAAAUCUUCUCACACAAAUGUUCGUAACCUUGGUGCAUCAGAAUCCGCCCAUCCAGUAAACAGUGAACAAGUGAAUAUGAUUAAAACAGUUUUUCCUAAUAUUGAGUCUGUUGCCAUCGCUUACGAUUUGCAGAAGACUGGCAGUGCCGAUGCUACCAUCGAAAAUGCGAUCUCUUCGCAAAAUUUACCUCUACCUCCGCGAGGAUCCGCUUUGUACACUCGUUUCCCUCUGUCACCUGGAUCAGAUUUGAGUACUCAUACCUCAGCCGCUGACAGUGCAAAUCGUAACCAAGUUGCCCAGACUGAGGAAGGUCGAAAUGUUCAAGGGAAUGCAUCAACAUCAGGUGCCUCUAAAAGCCUUAUUGAUAAGUAUGGUCUUUCUUCUCGGCUAAAUGACUCAGAUAUGUCCACUUCGUCUUCGUCAUCCAAUAAUGUAGCUGUUUCUGUUCACCGUCAAAGAUUUCCCAAUUCAAAGAAAGAAAGGGAAGAGCUUUUCCGUCGGCGCAAAGAAGAAAUGAUAAUAGCUGCUCGUAAACGAAUGGAAGAAAAAAUGAUGGUAGAUAAUGAUUCUUAAAUGAUUGUUUAAAGAAGAAAACUAUUAGUUGUGUUUCAUUAUUUGAAAACGGCUGAUGAACACGGUCAUUUCCUUUUCCAUCUGAUAUUGAGGAGCUUCUAAACGUUACCGAAGGGAAGCCUUUCCUCUUUUCCCUUUUUUUUGUUGGCGCAUGUCUUCGUUUAAUUUUCUUGUAUUUAAUACUAGCUGACAAAAUAAGCAUUCUGAUCAAUUUCAAUGAUCUUGUUGGAGCGUACGCGGUUUUAUGAAAGUUUUCCUCAAAAAUAUGCACUAUAAUUUUUAUUAUUUGCUUAAAGUUAUCAUGUCUAUAUAUAUACUAUUUUUUUUUUUUAUUGUACGAUAAUUAUUUACUAACGCACGGUUUUACCGCCAUACUUCUCACCAGUGGGUUUGGACUAGGAAUGACGAAAAUGACUAAAUUUACUAUACAAUUCGUUUGUUCUUGAAAAGCUAUCUUUACUCAAGAUGUCUGAAAAAAGCACAAUAGUGGGUUCGGAAAAUGAUACUCUUGUGGGUAAGUAAGCUGUUCUGGAAAUUUUUUUGGAGCGCAAUCUGCUGAAUUUAAAUUAUGCUUUGCAGAGAAAGCUUGGUGAUUAUGAUUAAGGCCUUUUUACUGGUUUCAUAUAUUCUUUUGCAACAAUAUUGUUAAAAGAGAAAGUCUUUGAAGGUUAAAUUCCAGCAAUCAGACGAACGUGCAUUGUUGUAUAACAUCAAAGGAAACAAACUCAACGAUGUCUUUUCAUUAUGAAAAGUUUAUUUUAAACUGUAUUGGAACAGAAAUAGUUUUCUAUAGAAAUUGGUAUAUUAGACCGUCGUUUUCCAAUACUUUUCCUAUAUUUGUGUCCUAGCGUAAUAUAACAAUAGCGGGUUACAUAUAAUAAUUCUUACAUAACCG